GUGAUCUGGGUUUUGCUUUAUUUGUUUAGUAGUUGAGCAAACGAAAGGAAAGUUUGAGACUUUUAGAUUGAUUUAUUGGUUGUUCUUUUUUAUGCUGGUUUGACUAUUGGCUAUUAAGUAUUAUUUUUUCUCUUCUUUGCUGUUUUUGUGAUCUGGGUUUUGCUUUGUUUGUUUAGCAGUUGGGAAAAUGAAGGGAAAGUUUGAUUGGUUAGAUGUUUUGUAGAUGUGUUUUUGAACAGUUUGGUUUUGUUUUAGAGUUGGAAUUCGCUUAAAUACAGAUAAUAUUUGUGGAUUUAUGAUCUGGGUCUCGUUUUGUUCUUGAUUUGGGAUUGUUUUACUGAAAGUGUCAUGAUUUUAGGAAGUUGGCUGGUGGAUACUUUGUUUUCUUGAGGGAUUAGUUUUCUUUAUGAUUAAUGAGAAUAAUUAGUUUGUAACUGUGUCGAUUAUGGAGCUAUUAUGUUGAUACAUGGCGUGGGAUGUGUUUUCUUGAUGGUUUUAGCUGAUUGUAUGAUUGAGUGAUCAGUUGAUGGGUUUUUGUUUUUCUGGGGGUGUUAUGAGGUGUCUGGCUUAGUAAAUGCUAGGUGUAGAUAGUGUUGAGCAGGUUCUUCCUUUGGUUUUGGUCAUUGUUUUCUUUUAUUUGUGGCACAGACCUGACAUGUGGGCUUGUGAGAUUGUGUUUCAAACUAGUGGGUUGGGAUUUUGUUAUUGCAAGGGACGUGGGUUUUGGAUUUUGUUUUCUAGAUUUUGCUGUUGGUUGUCGUUGUUGGUUACUGUUAAAAAUAAUCAUUCAGUCUACAUGUAUUUUGGACCUUAGGAUGAUUUAAGAUCCACAUUUUAUUUAGAUUUGGUCUAGAAUUAACUUUGUUUCUGUGAUUAGGGCCAUUUCUAUAUGUUCAUCCUCUAUUGCCUGCAAAUGGCUAGCAUGCCUCUCAUAUUAAUACGGAAAUGGGGAUUUUGAAUCUGGUCAAAAUAUGUGUUUUGAGUUUCCUGUUUUCAAGCACACUUGAUCGAUUAUAAUGUAUUAUUUUAGCAUGGGGUUCCAUUGUAGUUUAUGCUUCUUUGGCCUUGCCCUUGCAAACCCUUGCUAUAGUGGCCGGCACUUACCUUGAAUACAGACACCCAACACCUGCAUGCAUUUGAUGAAGGAAAAUCUGUUCAUAUCUCUAAACCUUUCUUCCCAGAUAUCAUUUGCCCUUUUCUCUUGACAAGUCCAAACAUCUCUGCAUCAUCAUGUAAGAAUAUUUUAAUAAAUUGUGCUUUUCAGUGCACCCACUAGGUUAGUCUGCUCUAGUCACUUCCAUCAAAGAUCGCGGAAUGGCCAACAAAUUAGAUCAUGGCAGAACUUUUCACUUGUGGCUCUAAUUUCCCCCCUUUCACAAAAUUUUAUCAGAAGCAUAACAUGUUGUCACAAAAUCAAGAGGGUCUAUUGGAUCCGGUUUCAAUUGAUUGUCAGGCUCUGCAUGGCAGUUUGAAGAACUUGGAAGAAGCUGUGGCAUGGGCCUUGUGAUAUUGAGGUGUUUAUAGAUGAAGUUGCCAUUUUGUGGAGCAUUUAGUUGGUGAUGCUCGCAUAAAAAAAAUUAUGCAAGCUGAUGAGGAUGUUGGGAAGAUAGCACUGGCAGUGCCUGUUUUAGUUUCCAAAGCGUUGGAGUUGUUUCUUCAAGACCUUUGUGACCGUACAUAUGAGAUCACCCUUCAGCGAGGAGCAAAGACUAUGAAUUCACUGCAUCUAAAACACUGUGUACAGAGCUAUAACGUGUUUGAUUUUCUAAGAGAAAUUGUCAGCAAGGUUCCUGACUAUAGUCAUGGUCACUCUGAUGCUGCUGCAGAUCAUAGACCUAUUCAAAAGAGAAAGCCCACUGUAGAUGAAUGCAAUGACAGUGAUGAGGAGCUGAAGAGAAGCAGGAUGCAUGAGACGAGCCAUGCUGGUGGCAGCGGCAGAGGGAGAGGUCGAGGACGGGGGAGGGGUCGUGGACGAGGUGCUCGAAAUAUAGAAAGAGAGACUUCUAGUCGUGACCUUGAAUCCGAAUCCUCCACAACUGUUCCGCAGAGUGUUAAAAAUAACUCGAAUCCUGAAGUAGUGAUUGACAAUGGCUCAGAGUCAAAGGAAUCUGUGAAGGAAAAUAACAUAGCCAGUGAUGCUGCUAGUCAAGCAGAACGAAACUUUGAUCUUAAUGCAGAGGUUAAUGAUAGUGAGGAUGCAAAGGCUGCAGCAGCGCCAGCUUCCGCCACCGCUGCCGCCACCGCUUCCGCCACAGCUGCCGCCACCGCUGCAGCCCCUAGCUUAUCAGCAGAGCCUGCUGCAGAAACUAAUCAUGAAGAAUAUCCAGGAUGGUCACUUUCUGAGAUGGACAAGAUGGCUAUUGACCCUCUUCAGCUUGCACAACUCAGCACAAGAUCAGAUGAGGAGGAGGAAGAUUAUGAUGAAGAAGGAUGAUCAUGCUAUUAGCUGAGGCUCUUAGAAAAGAUUGGUGGUCAGGAUCCAAUUAAUGAGCGCAUGGAUACAAGGAGAGGAAAGAAACAGCUGGGUAAGAACCCUAGGUGGAGAACGGAAAUAUGCUCAAUCCUUUCUCCAAUAGAAACGCUGAUUCUGAACCUCUCCUUUUCUUCUGUGUGAAUCUUUAUGCAUCUUCUGUCAUGCCAUUCUCUAACAACUUCCAGUAGUAGUAGAUUUGCUGACAAUAUGAGAUUGGUAGUUUGUGUAACUUAACUAUCUGAUACAGGAUGGGAUAGCCGUAGUAGAAGUUGCCAUUUGAGAA